GACGGGCAAGUGGGCGGGACGAACACAUCGCAGGAAACGAUCCAAUCAACUGCCGCGCUUAUUCCACUUCUAUGAUACGAACGACACCGGCAGCACGCCGCUUCACCUUCACCGCGCGAGACAGAACGGCAUCAGAACAGCAUCCGAGCCGCACCGACAGCCCGUUAACGUACACACCGGCCGCCAGCCUCAGUGUAGUUCCCUAAUGGCAACGGAGGACAAAGGAAAAACGGCGGCGCCUCAGGUUUUACCGGAAACGGGAUCCCUCUCAGCAACGCACAGCAAUCUGAACAAUAAUAACAACAACAAUAAUAACAACAAAGACAACGAGGGAAGCGAAGGAGCCACAACAGCCACAUCUACUGCUGUUGAAUCCGGCGGCGCUGAAAAUAUCAUAGGAAACGGUUUAGCUGUUAAUACUGCCGGAGGCAAUAACGGCAAAUGGGUCCGUCUCAACGUCGGGGGGACGGUGUUUCUAACGACACGACAAACGCUGCUAAAGGAGCAGACUUCAUUUCUGUACCGACUGUGUCAGCAGCAGGACUUACAUUCUGACACGGAUGAAACUGGUGCUUAUGUGAUUGACCGAGACCCUACCUAUUUUGGUCCCAUACUCAACUAUCUGCGACAUGGGAAGCUGGUUUAUAACAAGGAGUUGGCAGAAGAAGGUGUCUUGGAGGAGGCAGAGUUCUACAACAUCACACCGCUGAUUAAAUUAAUCAAAGAGAGGAUCCUUGAGCGAGACUCCAAGGCCACACAGCAGGUACCACCAAAGCACGUGUACCGGGUGUUGCAGUGUCAGGAAGAGGAGCUGACCCAGAUGGUGUCCACCAUGUCGGACGGCUGGAAGUUUGAGCAGGUCAGCGUGCGCGCCUGCCGAAAACCCCGCCCCGGACUGCUCUGGACUAUGGUGAACAUUGGCUCAUCUUACAGCUAUGGAACAGAGGACCAGGCUGAAUUUCUCUGUGUGGUGUCAAAAGAGCUGCAUACCCCAGGUGGAGGUUUGGGGACAGAGCAGAGCCACAAGACUAAGACCUCGGACACACAGGAGGAAGAUGGCGCGAGGGAGGAAGAGGAGGAGGAGGAAGUGGGAGAGAGAAAUGCCACCCCCAAUGAGUGGAUUAGAGAUUAGCAGAAACUUGUGUCAAAGGAAUUGCUGUUCCAGAUCCAUGGAUCCCGGAUGUAGGAUACAAAGAAUUUUAUUUUUCUAGAUAUCCAUUUUAUCAUGUGCUCAUGAUGCUGUUUUUAUAGCCAUACAUUUUUAGAUUUGUUGACUUGAACAACGGGUAUUAGCGGGAGACAAAAACUUCACAUCCAGCAGCAAAAAAUGUCGGUUUUAAAUUGAAAUGUUCCUGAAAACAAAAGUCACCUGAGGUAUUAAAGAAAGACAGUUACUAUCUUAGUACAUGGCCUGUUACCAAAGAGUGCAGCCUAGUUAUGGGAUACAACUUCAGAUAAUAUAAUGCGUUUAAACAAAAAGUAAAGAACUUAGUCUGGUUUAGUCAGGAAAUACAUUGUCAUCAAUGAUGGAAAGACUGUGUGGUUAUGAGAGAGUAAUCGGUUAUUUAGUAUUUAGAGUUUAGGUUUUGCACAUUUACUAUUGCAGAUGAAGGGUGGCUCUGCUACAUGAACAGAUCAUGUUCUGUUCCAUUUAGCAUCAGCUGUGGGUAAAGUGCCAGCACUGUCACCCUGGCAGACCACCAGCAGUGCACUUCAGCCCCAUUUACAGUCUGCGGCAGUUCAUUUUGAUAGUCGCUGGCACCAGCUAGAAGGUCAGGGUGUCAUUAGAGGUCACUGGGAUACUGUGGUUCUGGUUGUGUUUGUAUACUGUAUAUGGAUUUUUAAUAGGUCUUGGGUUCAGUUUACUUAAAAUGAAGUUCAGAUAAUGUGCUGGAAUAUGAUACUGUCGCUUGCUAAUGUGUUUUGUUUGAAGGCUAGAUUUCUUUCAAAGGAACAAAGCCUGGCAGUCAAAAUCAUUCAAAUCAACAUGCCUCAAUUCAACAAAUGAUCAAGCACCUUUUGCUCCCUUUAGCCUACAGCUGUGCAAAUUAGCAUUCUUUGGGAUUUUUAUGUGCUGUGGGCUGGUUUGCAUGCCUAAGCUUGUUUAUUAUUAAAUAUGCUUAAAAAUUUUGCACAAAUUUGCAAAGAUACAGUGCCCCCAAAACACAUUUGGACACUUAAGUCAUAGUUAAACAUGGAUGAGUGUGAUUGCAUGAUAUAGCAAACCAAGUGGCUGAUAGCACAAGCACACUUCUUAAGCAAUUAAGUUUAUUAGGAUUUUGUAGCUACUUUAAUAGGACACUUAUGUUAACCAUGGGAAACUGGUUUCAUAUAUCACAUAUCAGGGCUCCAGACAAAAAAAUAAAUAAAUUAAGGAGCUAUUGACGUUGUACUGUAAUAAAGCAAUAAGCCCCAAGAACACAUGGUUUACAGUGAAUUUAUAACAGCUAAGGGGCGUUGUUAGGCACGACACAGACCGGAGUGCCUAAAACCCCCUUAGCUGUUAUAAAUUCUCUGUA